AUGACAUCAAGAAGAUCAACGAAAAAGAGGGAACUCUAGAAAGAUGAGGAUAUUAAAGAAUCACAUUUAUAACUUGAUUCCAAAAAAUCUAUCUCAAGGUAGUAAACAAACAAAACAUAAUCAAAUCUAGCUGGAUUCUUUGGUAUCACAAUCAAUAAGUCUGCUAAAUUCCAUGGAGAAGCAAAGCAUUCAGAUUUUCCAGAUAGUAAAGUAAACAUUUGGCAUUGGAACAUCAACGGAUUGUCUGCUGUAAUUAACAAAGGAAUGCUCUAAAAGUUUAUGGAAGAAGCCAAGCCAGAUAUAGUUUGCUUUAAUGAGAUAAAAACAGAUUUAGAUAAAAUUUCAUCUGCUAAGUUGCAUUAAUCCCUUCCAGAGGGUUAUGAAUAAUAUUGGAAUUGUUCUAAGACUAAGAAAGGGUAUGCAGGAACAGGUAUUGUCACAAGAAUUAAGCCAAUUUCAGUUGAGUUUGAUAUCGGAAUAGAUAAACACGAUGAUGAAGGUAGAGUGAUUACUGCUGAAUUCAAAGAUUUUACUUUGGUGUCUGUCUAUGUUCCCAAUAGCGGAGAUGAUUUAAGAAGACUCGAUUAUAGAACUUAGGAGUGGGAUAAGGAUUUCUUCGAUUAUCUAGAUAAAAUAAGAACUGAGAAACAAAAGCCAUUGAUAUUGACUGGAGAUUUGAAUGUAGCAAGGAAUGAGUUAGAUAUCUUUGAUGUUAAAGGCAAAGAGAAAGUAGCAUGCUAUACUCCUCAAGAAAGGGCUUCAUUUUAAACAUUCAUAGAUAAAGGUUAUGUCGACACUUUUAGGCACCUCUAUCCAGAAAAAAGAGAAUACACCUAUUUCUCAGCAAGAACAAAUGCGAAGGCAAGCAACAAGGGCUGGAGAAUAGAUUACUUUAUGCUACACAAAGAUGAUUUAGAUAUGGUUGUUGAUAAUCGUAUACAUAAGGACUUUAAUGGCAGUGAUCAUGUGCCUAUUGAGCUUGAAAUAGAUUUAACAAAGAAAAAUAAAAGUCAGUCUAAUAUAAGCAAGGCUAAAUCUGAAAAAUUAGAGGAAAAUAAUAAAUCCAAAAAGAAGGAGACCAAAAAAUCUCAUUCAAAGAGCUAAAUAAAAUAGAGUAAAAAUGAUGAUGAAAGUGAGGAUAACAAGGACGAAGAAGAUGAAAAUAAUAAUCCUUUAGAUGAGACUAAGUUUGUUCAUAAGGCUGAUCAAGAUAAAUCUUCAUAAGAAGCAGAAAUAGAAGUAUAGGUUAAAUCAUAAAGAAUUUAAUAGCGAGCAAAAAAAGCUACUAAAUUCUCAUAUCCCAUGCAGAAAAAGAGAACAAAUGGAAGUAGUAAAUUGGAAAUAGAUUCUAUAAAUGAUAACGAAGAUGAUGAGGAUUAAAUAGCGGUUGGACCAGCUAUGAAAUCCACUCCUUAUAAUAAAUCAGAAGCUCUAACCUUAAAUACGGGAAAAGAAUAAGCAAGAAGAUUUAAAUAGUUGGUGGAAGUUGAAGUUGAGAAAAGAAUGAUGCAGUUAAUGGCAAAUGUGGGUUAAACUAGGUCAACAACUAAUCUUGCUGAACUUGGAUAAUAGAGAGCUAGAAUUAGUCAUGAAGUUUUCACAGAAUUCUCAUUAAAAAGAGCUUUAGAAAUAAAAAACAAGGAAGAGUUAAACAAAUAGCCUUAAUGGGAUGAUGAGUAUAAGAAGUAUGAUGACGAAUAUUGA